GGAGGUGGGAGGCAUCGUCUGAUCGUGACAUCGUGACAUUGAGAAAGAAGAUGGCGGGCAUGUGGUUGCUAUCUGUUUGUACUAUACUGACCUGCGUCUCAAUUAUAUCAGGAAAAUAUGCAGAGGGAACAAUUGUCUCUUUGAAGGGCUGGGUCUUCAUGGACAGCUUCCUCUUCCCCGCCGGCCUCGGUGCCUCAUUCACCUACAACAUCUCCUAUCCAAGGCAAUACGCUCCUAUGUUUCUGCUGUUCUAUGGUGGAGAACAGUUUGCUCAGGCCAACGAUCCUCUCAAAUCAUGUCAACAGAAGAUCGCCCUCCUUCAGUACCCCUCCUAUUCCAGGCAGAUUCUCAGCCUGGACACCAGUAGACCCAGCUCAGGCUGUUACAACCGCUACGACCGGUUCAAAGGAGACUACGUCUACUGUGUUGGUCGUUUCAACAUAGAUAUCGACAGCAGCUCUGGGUGGUUCGUGACCGCCAAUCGGUGUGGGGAUCAGAACGGCGUCACUGGUUUAUACCUGCAAUACCGUAUAGAAGCCAGUGUGGGCGUCGACAAGGAUCAGGUUUUCCCCUUUCACUCCGGUGAAGGGAGGGUCACUAUUCCUGUCGUGACAUUCAUCAUGAUGGUAGCCCUUGGACAGGUCAUUGUUUGAGACGCAGGACAACACACAGCAAAAGAAAGUGUAGGUUUCCGUUCUCCGGAAACCUUCCGGAAACCUUCCGGAUACCUUCCCUCUUUAGAUCCGGCCCGGAUACAUCCCGGAAACCUUCACGAUACCUUCAGCACCCUUCAAUUUUCUUGGUAAUUUUCACAUUUCACACAUUUUUAUAUGUUUCACACUUAAUUGAACAAAAUGCCCCCACCAAAUUUUGACAUUUUUGGGGGAAGGUUUCCAGAAGGUAUCCGGGCCGGGUCCAAAGUGGGAGGGUAUCCGGAAGGUUUCCGGAAGGUUUCCGGAAAACGGAAACCUACACUUUUUUGGCUGUGACAUCUGACCAUCAGGAAAAUAUUGAGACAAAGGAUACCAGGCUUUUAUGUCUGUAUCGUCACGAUGCAGCAGACUCUUGAUGAAUAAAAUAUACAUGUAUCAA